UGUCGUUUUUGUUUAGCGGGGAACUGUCAGUUGGUCAACGGGAAUAAUACAACAAAUCCAAUUGGAUUUAACCCUGGGAAGUUGUUAGAAGAUUGUAUUGUGCCUUAGCAAGUGGAGGAAACCUCAACAUCCAGCAAAAUGAGCGAAGGACUGACCGACAAGGAAGCGAAGGAGCUGCUGAAGCUGCCGGAUGCCGACACAAAGAACUUCCUGUUCCAGCAAACGAUGUACCGCAUCAAAGAUCCGCGUGCAUCGCUCCCGUUCUACAACGAGGUGCUCGGGAUGAACUUGCUCUGCAAGCUGGACUUCCCCGAGGCCAAGUUUUCGCUGUACUUUAUGGGCUACGAGGACAUUGCCAACCAGCCGUCCGAUCGUAAGGAAUGCGUUCAGUGGGCAAUGAGCCGGAAGGGGACCCUUGAACUCACCCACAACUGGGGCACGGAGAACGAUGCCGAAUUUAAGUACCACAACGGUAACAGUGACCCGCGCGGCUACGGCCACAUCGGCAUCAUGGUGCCGGACGUGAAGAAGGCGUGCGAGCGGUUCGAUCGGUUGGGCGUCGAGUACGUGAAGCGCCCGGACGAGGGGCGCAUGAAGGGUUUGGCCUUUAUUAAGGACCCGGACGGCUAUUGGAUCGAGAUCUUCAACGCAGCCACGGUGCAAACGCACUGAAAAUAUUUGUCUUUGUUUGUUUUUUAAUUGAAUUUAUAUAUUUUUCUUCACCAAGCGAUAACGUCGGAAUCGGAAAACGGGCUAAUAAUUAGGGCGUAUGCGAAAAGAGCAGAAUUUGAAGGGAAAAGAAUAAAAACCACCCAAGCAUA